UCACUCUACCCCCUCUCUGCAGCCCCUACUCCCUCCCACCUCUAAAUUCCAUCCAGCCCUUCCUCAAGCGGCAGGGUGGAGGGACUAUACUCGCAAGCUCCCCCUUUCCCCGUUUCUUUCCUACAGGUGCCUCUGGGCAGGCCAGUGCAUGGACAGCCCCAGCAAUGCCACCAUGCCCUGUGGCUUUCUCCUUCAGGGCUUCUCUGAGUUCCCGCACCUAAGGCCGGUGCUCUUCUUGUUGCUGCUAGCCGUGCACCUGGCCACCCUGGGCGGGAACCUGCUCAUCCUGGUGGCCGUGGCCUCAGUGCCCAGCCCACCACCCAUGCUGCUCUUCCUGUGCCAGCUGUCAGCCAUCGAGCUCUGUUACACUCUGGUGGUGGUGCCCCGCUCCCUGGCUGACCUGGCCAUGCCAGGCCUUGGCGGGGGCAGCCCCAUCUCCUUCCUGGGCUGCGCAGUUCAGAUGCAGAUGUUCGUGGCGCUGGGUGGGGCCGAGUGCUUCCUGCUGGCCACCAUGGCCUAUGACCGUUACGUGGCCAUCUGCCACCCACUGCGCUACACCACAGUGGUGACCCCAGGGCUGUGCGCAAGGCUGGCCCUGGCCUGCUGUCUCGGGGGACUGGCAGUGUCCGUGGGGCUCACAGUGGCAAUCUUUCACCUGCCUUUCUGCGGCUCCCGCCUACUGGUGCAUUUCUUCUGCGACAUCACGGCACUGCUGGACCUGGCUUGCACACGGAGCUACGCCGACGAGCUUCCCCUGCUGGGCACCUGCCUCGUGCUGCUGCUGCUGCCCUCGCUGCUCAUCCUGUCCUCCUACGGAGCCAUCGCCGCCACCCUGCGUCGCCUGCACUCCCCCAGGGGCCGGUACAAGGCUGCCUCCACCUGCGCCUCGCACCUGGCCGUCACUUUCCUGCACUAUGGCUGUGCCACCUUCAUGUAUGUGCGGCCCAAGGCCAGCUACUCCCCACGGCGAGACCGCACGCUGGCACUCAUCUACACCAACAUCACGCCGCUGCUGUACCCGCUCAUCUACAGCCUGCGCAACCGUGAGAUCACCACCGCCAUCCGCCGGGUGCUGGGGCAGGGGCGGCAGGGACAAGGUCUGUGUGAGCCCUGA